UAUAAAUAGCUUCUAUCUCAAUACUCUGUUUAUUAUUCUUACUAUUCUGUGUUUAAACCAACACCAAAAUCUUUGUUUUUCACGCAAACCGCGAUAGCUCUUUCCUAAUCUUCUCGGAAUCCGAGGUGUAGCAGUACCACUUUGGGUUGUCUCACAAUCACUUACUCGUUUCAGUUCAAUUUUGCUAAUUGGGCAUCCAUCUAUUAAAGUUCACAAGUUUGAGGUUCUCAAACAGUUAAAUGGGGAAUUGUGUGGCUAAUAAGUCUCAAGCUAAGGAUAGUGAUUCUGAACAUGAUGUGGAGUUUGCUGCUGGCAAUGUCAAACUUAUUACCACCAAAGAAGCUUGGGACCAAUAUUUGGAAGAAGCUAGGAGGGAUGGCAAAAUUGUGAUUGCGAAUUUCAGUGCAACAUGGUGUGGUCCUUGUAAGGUGAUUGCGCCAUAUUACUGCGAGUUAUCUGAGAAAUACACAUCCAUGAUGUUCUUGCUAGUUGAUGUGGAUGAACUAACUGAGUUCAGCACUUCAUGGGACAUCAAAGCCACACCUACUUUCUUCUUUCUUAAAGAUGGACAACAACUUGACAAACUUGUGGGAGCCAACAAGCCAGAGCUGCAGAAGAAGAUUGUUGCCAUCAAUGAUUCACUUCCCGAAUGCAAGCAGUGACUGUUUUCUCAUUCUUCUUGUAUUAUUGCCCUUUGUCCUUUCACAAGUCACAACCAUUGUUGGUAUGUUUUGUUUUUGCUGUGAGUGUAGUUGUAUUUUUCCUCGGAUGUAAAUAUGAAACAUGUGUGUCACAUGAAUUACUUCAAUUCAGAGUGAUGAUGUUGUUGUAGUUAGAAUAAGCCUGUUCUGCAAAUGUAACAAAUCUGUUGUGUUUUGUUGUUUGAGAAAAUUCAAUUUUGUAUCAUGCCA